GGGCAUGUUGAGAUAUUGGAGAUUCUGCUUGAACAUGACUUGUCACCUGCGAUGGAGAGGCUGCAUCGCGGGCAGACUGUGCUGCACUUGUGCGUGAAACAUCGUCAGCUUGAGGCGUUGCGGUUUUUGGGGGAGAAAAUGGGUGAUCUUGUGUGUGUGAAGGAUGAUGAUGGGGAGACAAUCUUGCAUUUGGCUGUUAGGUGCAAUCAAGUUGAGAUGGUAGGAUACCUCCUCAAAACCAACAAAAUAGAGAAGCUAACAGCAAAUUCCAUGGGCAAACACCACUCGACAUCUUGAGAGGGAGCCCCCAACACACAACCACCUAUUCCGAAACCGAAGCUCUCUUACUAUGUUUGUCGCAUCAGCCGUUCCUCAACCUCUUCCGCGAGAUCACCGGCAUGACAAUGGUAGUUGUCGGCCUCAUCGCCGCGAUGGCGUUCCAUGCAGACGUUAAUCCCCCGGGAGGGGGGUGGCAGGACGACACGUCAUCACACAGAGCCGGCAAAGCAGUGAUGGCAUCCACUCAUCCCACGCUAUACAAGCACUUCUCUCGUGCUAACACCGCGGCUUUCGUCUCGUCUGUCCUCGUGAUCUUCCUUGUGGCUGUUCGAGCGCCGACGAACGCGUUCGUCUUCGUGAUGGUGAGCUGGUAUGCGACGCUGGCGGCGAUGGCGGCGAUUGGAGUGAGCUAUGGAGCUUCCUUGAUCAUGACGAAUCCGGUGGAAACGGAGACGGUUGGGGAGAUUGUUGCUGAGGUAGUGUCGGUGUUUGUGGGAAUCUAUGUGUUAGUAAUCGUGUGUGGUUAUGUGGAGAAGUCUUAUUUUGCGUGGAAGAGACGGAGACUGCAGCGUGGGGAUGUUGCAAUCAUUCAUCUGAUCACACGCUGUUUUUAUCAUAUUCAACGUGAUGUUGAAAGCACACCUAUUAAUUGAGAAUCUUGGUGUUUAGGAACGAGCUCCAACUGUUUGAUGGAAUGCUACAAUCAGUAAGGCUGCAAUAGCACCCAGACGGUGAUACCAUUUCAUUCAAUUAGAAUUCUGACGAAUCGAGAAUAUGGUAAUUUAACCAAGCAGUUUAUAUACAUAGUUUUACUUGAUCUUCUUGUUAAUUAUUCAUUCUAUCUUGGUAUUCUUACAUGCAUAGAGUGAUUAAGCCAUGCGAUUUAUAAUUUU